AUGAACCAUCGACAGCCCCCGCCGCAGCCGGCCCGGAGCUCCCGGCCCCAGACCGAGAAAGUCUCCAGCUCGGCGACUAUGAGCAAGGGAACUCAUGCGCCGGUACCGGCUCCGGCUCCCAAGCCAGCCAAGCAGUCGACUCCCAUCGCAGCACCGAGGCCCGUCCGCCCGGUCUCUUCUCACAAACUUCAGCCUCCGGUGCAGCAGUGGACGGGAAACCCGAGUCCCCCUUCUUACACCAGCUUCAACGUCCCGCCGCCCGCAAGCCCGGCACCAAAAGCCGGACCCAGCGGCCCUUCAGCGCCCCCAAAAGCUUCUUCAUCCGGCCUUUCCGGCGCUGGCCGCGUGGCCGACCUCCGCAGCCCCGGACCCGGCGCCCUCACCAGCUUUCCUCCGCCACCGCCGACACCGCCUCAGAGGGAGCCCGCCGGUUACUUCCCCGCGGGCGCAGGGCAACAACCACUACAUGCACAGAGCAAGGCCACUGCAGCUCGUAUCCCGGCCAGUGCGGCCAACGGAGUCUUGACACCGCCCGAAAAGGCAAAGAGCGCUGGGGCGGCUGGACCGCGGCCUGGCGUGAUCGACUUUGACAACCUCGAAGAGACUCUCCAAAACCUGCGCUUUGCGCCCUCGCCGAUGCUGUCAACCAUCUACUCCGCCCCGUCGACCCCUCGCGACGAACUCUCUACUCCCGACUUCACCGCCAGCACCACCACAUCGUGCUUCACGCCUCCUUCUACGAACCCGACACCGGAACCCGUGACGCCGUUGGAUCUCACUCCUCGAGGACCGCCGCCGCCGCCGCCGGAGAAGAAGGAACUCACGCUGUCGCCUACCAGACCACGCGCCAACUCUCGCAGGGCCAGCCCGCCCAGCAGAAAGCGUGGACGUGGCGUCGUUGCCUGCAUCGACAGCCCGGUAACCUUCUGCACCACGUGGUACACCCACCCUACCGCUCCCGACUUCUCCAUCUGUUCCAAGUGCUACGAGGACUACCUCGUCGGCACCCGCUUCGAGUACGAUUUCAGGGGCAAGAUCUGCGACGACAACAAGCCGCGUGUCUGCCGCUUCAGCAAACCCCGCGUCAAGGACCAUCUUCUCCGGAACACGCUCGCCACGGGACGCAUUGAGGACCUCGUCAGCUUCCUCCUUCACAGGAGCGCCAUUCCUGACUGCAGGGGAGCUGAUGGAGCCAAGGGAAGCGAGGGCGCUAGGUGGUACCGUCCCAAGAAUAACGCCGUCCCGAACAUGGUUGUCUGCCAGGCAUGUUUCGAGGACCAUAUCCAGCCGUAUCGCUUCGCGGCCAACUUUGAACAAGCCACGGGACAAGCCACCAACGACGUCUGGUCCUGCGACCUCUCCACCCGCUACAUCCAAAACAUUUACAAGGAGGCGGCGGUGAAAGAUGACUGGCCCGGCUUCACCAAGGAAGCUCUCGCCAGGAUGAAUAUUCCCGCCUGCGCCAAGCGCCAAAAGGUCACCGUCACCUCCCGCAAGUGGUUCACGCCGACGACCCCGGGCCACGACGGCGUCCUAGCCUGCGCCGCUUGCUACUGUGACUUCGUAGCCGGCACGGGCGAAGAGGGCAAGUGGUGCGACGCCGGCACCAACCUCGCGUCCAGGUACGGCAGCCUGGUCUACUGCGCGCUGGGUCACUUCAACAUUGGCAUCGCCAUGUCCUGCGCCACCGAGGCCAAGCAGUACUCCAUCUUCUGGAAGGCCCUCGACGCGGCCUGCAGCGAGGAGUUUUGCAGCCCGCAGGGCAUCAAGGACGGCAAAUGGUACACCUUCCCCUCCCACCCGGCCGAGUUUGGCAUCUGCGCCGCGUGCGUGUCGACCGUCGCCGAGCCCCUCGGGCUGAGCUCCUCUCUCGUAACCAAGUGCGGCGUAUCCUCCGGCACGACGCUCCUGUGCUGCUUCAACCCUGCGAACCCGCGCUUCGCGCCCUACAUGACGAAGCUCCUCGAGUGCCACUUCACGGCCGACACCCAGCCCCUCGAGUCCUACGCCCUCGAGUUUGCCAGCCUGCCCCUCUGCCCGCGCGACGAGGACUUUCAGAACCGGCGGUGGUACGGCUGGCAGGACUGCACAAUCUGCCCCUCGUGCUACCACGAGUCCAUCCGCGGCACCGCCCUGGCGGCCUCCAUGCCCCUCAAGGGCGCCACCGUCCCCGCGAGCCUCAUGUGCGAAAUGUACAGCCCGCGCAUGCGCAACCUCUACGCCCAGGCCUGCGCGCGCGGCGACCCUUCCGAGCUCCUCCGGGUCUCGAGGGCCCGCCGCGCCGUCUACGUCGAGACGGUGCCUACGAUUCGGCAGAUGAUCAUGGAGGCGCAGCUGGCGCUGGGCCAGCAGCACAUGUUGAACGUCGCGAGCUCGACGAGCCGGACCAUGGGGCAGGUCAAGGAGAUUGCUAUGCCGAGCCAGGGUGUGUACGGCAUGCCGGGCGUCGGGUUUGGGUUCUCCAACCACUUUGAGGCUCAGGGGGCGCUGUACAGCAAACAGGCAAAGUCGAUCAUGGCUGAGUAUGGAUCAGGCUCGCGGACGCAUGUCAUUGGGACCUUGGAGAAGAGAUGGAGGGAGGUUGAGUAG